AUGCCGCCCCGAAUCAACAUUCCCCCGGUCACCCGUGGCCUACUGGCCGUGCUCGUAUUGCAGUCUUUCUUGAGCGCUGCGAUCCGCUAUCGCCAAUGGAGCGCAACCUCAGAGAUCGUGAUACCCUACCUCACGCUCAUCCCUCAGCUCUCCCUUAUCUACCCGUGGACCUUCUUGACCUCAACAUUGGUUGAGAACAACAUCUUCACGCUAGGCAUUGCCGGCGUGACCAUAUACCAUGGCGGAAGAUAUCUCGAGAGAGCUUGGUCGUCGGCGGAGCUGGCCAAGUUUGUUGCCAUCACAGCCCUGAUUCCGAAUACCCUCACAUUUGCGACCAUGAUCGUCUUCUUUACUCUGACGAGGAACGAGCGUUGGACACUCACCGUCAUUGGUGGCACGAUUCCGAUGCAAAUAUCCUUCCUCGUCGCUUUCAGUCAGCUCGUCCCGGCGCACACUGUCACCCUCUUCCGUGGCAUCCUCUCCAUGCGGGUCCCGAGAUUCCCGCUCGUGUACCUCGGAAUUGUCCUUGCGCUCACCCUGACGCCGCUUCUGACGACCGCCUCCUUCUCCCUUGCUGUGACCGGCUUCCUCACCAGCUGGACCUACCUCCGCUUCUACAAGAAGGUCUUCCCCGACCUCGAUGCCUCGCAGCCAACAUCGAUGCGCGGAGACGCCAGCGAGACUUUCGCCUUUGCCGAAUUCUUUCCCAGCCCCGCCAAACCGUUUGUGGCCGCGCUCUCUUCCCAAAUCUUCGAGGUUCUCGUCGCGAUGCGGAUAUGCAGCCCAUUCUCUGCCGACAACAUGUCCGGGGGACGCGGAAAUAACUACAUCCAACGCAGCGCCCCCGGCGGCGCAAGGGCGGAGGCGGAGCGGAGACGCGCGCUCGCCCUCAAGACACUCGAUCAAAGACUCCACGCGGCGACGGCUAACGCGGCGGCGCGAUCAUCCUCACAGCCCCCGGCGCAGCAACCUACGGGCCCGACGGUGCAGACGCAACCCGCACCCAACACGCAGACGGCCAUGACCACUGGGCCGACCGAGAUGUUGGGAGAGACCAACUAUACCCCCGAGCAGGACUCGAACGACAAGAACGGAUCAUAG